AUGUCACAGUCUGUGCUCAUGUGCGAUACGGAUAGAGUGACAUCCGACUAUGGACUAAAGACGGCAUCUGGAGGACUUUGUCUUCUGACUUCAGAAUCGCGUUUCAGCAUUGGAGCGGCUGCGAGCAUUUCGUCACCGCCACAUCCUUUUGAAACCAAAGAAUCAACUUCGCCCUCUCUGGGGCCGGCACUUUUACAAUUUGUUGGAUUUGGUCUCAAAAAGUCGCUUGAGCGACUGAGGUUUAUAUCUUUACCGCUUGCCCCGCGUGGGUCUGUUUUGGUCGCGCCCGCACCAGGUUUCGAUCCGGGACUCAGUCCCACUCAUCCAGCGUCGACGGAUGCAGCACCCGUGGCAAUCACGUCUCAAGGAAAUGCUACAAGCACGUCGUCAAUGAGUCCGACACAUCACGGUCUGCGACCAAUACUACCACUUCCAACGCAGGUUGGAGAUCCCUACGGUCAUCAUGAGAUCUCGGAGCCGGACUUUACCGCUACUAGGCCAUGUUCUGGAUGCUCUCCAGUUAUCCUGAUAACUGCAGCAGGAUGGCUCGAUCAAUCAACUAGGGUGGCGACGAGCUCUACAGUUGAGCCCGUUUCUCCGCAGGCGGUUACAACAAUUCCUGCAGGAGCAUCUCCAUCAGCUAGUUCGACUAGCAUUGCUAUCGAUUCAGAUCCAGAUAGUUCAAAUUUCGCCAUGGGUGACUCUUGCACCUUGACACCUGGUGAGACUAUCAUCGUCGAUGAUACUCCUAUCGGGAUUCCGACUUCGACAGGUGGGACCGAAGUUGGCAUGGUCCCUUCUGCCACAGCGCUCGUUGUGAAUGGCCAAACAUCAAACAUCAGCACAGUAUCCGGUUCCAUCUACACAAAAGUAGUACCGGCUGCCUUGAACUACAACAACAAAGUCUACACAGCCAAUCACGCGGGCUACAUUGUAAUGGGCCCAGGGACCACGCUCAUUCCCGGCGGGACGCCAGUUACCAUCAACGGUACAACCCUAAGCUUGGAGCAUAGCGGAACGGCAGUACUCAUCCAGAGCACUACACAAUCUCUGGAACCUGUUACCACGGUUGUCACAUUGAAAAGGGGUUCUGGUGCGCUGAAAACUGGAUGUGGCGCCCCUAGACAAUCGACAGGCGAUGUUUAUGUGUAUCCGACUGCGACUCCGGUUUCCGCGGGUGGGAUACGGAGUUAUGGGACCGUGCCGGAUGGCUGGCUGGGGAGUGUGAUAUUGUUGAUGUGGUGUGGUAUUGGCAUUGUUCUCCGGAUAUGA